UAAAAUGGAUGCGGAACACAAUCGUGGAGUAUUUUACAACUUUCUUUCAUAAUGGGAAGACUGGGUUAUUUUGAUGGCUCAUAAAUAUGCAAAUAAACACACUGAAAGAAUAGGUACUUCUUCAACACCAGAGUAAUGUCUUGUACUUCAUAAACUUCCCUCUCCUUGUAUGAACGAGAUCCGAAAGUCUGCCACUAUGGUCUGAGACUUUUAUUGGAAAUGGUGAAUUUUUUUUCUUGUUUAAGGUAACGGUCAAAAACCGCAAUUGAUCAACAAUUCUGUUUUGUGCCUACUACUUUAAAAAACGUUGUUUUGACAGAUUCAAAAAAGGGAGAAUUAUGAAGAUAAGUAGUUGUUAUGGAAUGAUAAAUAUCAUUUAUCUAUCUUGGUUCAUUGUGCCUAUCAACUGCUGCUAUUGGCCUAAUAUACGCAAAGAGCCAUGGUGGGUGUGUGAAAGCUUGAAUAAGUUUCUUGUCCAUCGAUCUGACUGGGGAGCCAAGGAACCAACAGGAGUACUCCAGUGCCUACCAGGCCCAGUGGAAUAUAUUAUUAUUCACCACACAGUCACUCCCUCCUGCACUUCUUUCACAGAAUGCUCAAAAUCUAUGAGAACAAUACAACUACAGCACCAGAAGGAUAACAAAUGGCUAGACAUAGGUUACCAUUUUGUGAUCGGAGGAGAUGGUCAUGUCUACGAAGGUCGACCGUGGUACAAAGUUGGAGCUCAUACAAAAUAUCACAAUAAAAAAUCUAUUGGUAUUGCUCUGAUUGGAGAUUUUGAUAAAGAAGCACCAGAUCCAUCUAUGCUAGACCUUAUACCGAAAAUUGCAUGGUGUGGCGUGGAAAAAGGGUAUUUGAGAAGUGAUUUCAAGGUAAUCGCUCAUAGAGAUGCUUAUUGUACAACCUGUCCCGGAGAUGCUCUUUAUAAAAUCAUUAAAACAUGGCCGCGGUUUCCUAAAAAAGUUCCAAUUCCGUCAUACACAUGUGAUGUUACAGAGGCACCAACAACUGAAGCUGCCACAACAGCAGCGCCUGCUACCGAAGCUCCAACUACAGCAGCACCUACUACUGCAGCACCUACUACUGCAGCACCUACUACUGCAGCACCUACUACAGCAGCUCCUACUACUGCAGCACCUACUACAGAAGCUCCUACUACUCUAGCUCCAACAGAAGCUCCAACAACAUCAAUAGCUGCCACUGAAAAGCCAAAGGAAACUGCACCUAAACCUAUUACCAAAAUCGUUUAUGUGGUGUUUCCACAACAACAACAGAAAUAUCUCCCUCAACAGAAAUAUCAGUCCUCUUGGCAAAAAAAUCCAUGGUUGCCACCUUGGGAAUGGGAAUGGAAACAAGCAAACAUGGAAUUUGUCUCUCGUGAAAAAUGGGGAGCUCAAGAUCCCAACGACGUAGCAAGUCUUAGUACUCCAGUUUCUCUUCUAUUUAUCCAUCGCACUGGAGGUGAACAUGAAUACGAUGACGAGAAGAGUUCCAUCAGAAAGAUGAAACGUUUGCAAAUUAUUGACAUGGAUACCAAAGGGCAUGAUGAUAUAGGAUAUAAUUUCGUUAUUGGUGGAGAUGCUCGCGUCUAUGUUGGACGUGGUUGGGACAAAAUUGGAAAACACACCUUUGGCUACAAUCAUAUCUCUCUUGGCAUUGCUUUUAUGGGAAACUUCAUGGAGGAAAAGCCCUCGAUACCAAUGAUCGAAGCAGGAAAAUCACUCGUCGAAUAUGCUGUAAGUGAGGGUUAUCUUGCGAGGGAUUAUAAGCUGUAUGGUCACAGGGUAGUUAGUCCAGGCACUAUCGAAUGUCCGGGUAACAAACUUUACGAUGUCAUUAAAAUGUGGCCUAAUUUUUCUCCUCAACCACCGCAUCAAUUAAAGAGAAAAUUAUCUCUCGCCCUUAACUAAUCCUCUCUUCAGAAGAUACUCUCUCAUAACAAGUACCACAACGUUGGAUAUAAGUGUAGUGAAGAAUUUUUAAAACCUGUUAAUUAAAUAUUACUGAACACUCUCUUAUUUUAAA